CGCAUUCACAAUUCAUUCCAUUUACUCAAUUUGCUUUGAUAAACUCUUAAAUUAUCAAGUGUCAAAGAAUGGCAGACGUCCUUGCUACUGGAAGCGCAGUUGUUGGUAUUAUCGUUGCUGCUUUCCAUAGUGCCAGGCUCCUGCACGAUGAUUUCAGUGCUGUAAAAAAUGCGGGGGAGACCAUCAAGCCUAUUGUCGAUGAUCUCAAUUCUGUUGUCGGUGUACUUUCAUCCCUAGAUUCCACUGCGAAAAGAAGCGACCAAGCCCAAGGAGUUCCGAGCGAGAUUGACAAUGACAAUUUCAAGGCCGCAGCUAAAAAUUGCAACAGGAUAUGUACGGCAUUUCGAGAAAAAUUGGUCAAGUGGAUAAGACACCCCUCGAACAAUAAAAUGGAUUGGAGAGAUAGAUUCAGGGUUGGAUUUCUGGCUGAGAAGGAGCUUCUGGAGUUCAACAGACAAUUGGUGGCAUGCAAAGGGACGUUCACCAUCGCACUGCAAAUGGCUACACUCUCGGUCGCUUUACGACAAACUGAUAAAACUGAAUCAGUUAUCGAAAGACUAGACGAUACCAACAAAAUGAUAAACCAAGCGGGUCUUGUUGCUAGAGAUCGCAUUGACAACCUUGAGUAUCAGUUACAAAGAGUUACAAUUGAAGAAGUGUCUAUAUCAGAUGAAGAUGAAAGUCAAGUCUUAUCACAUUUGUCAGAUGGAGAAGCAAGCCAAGCUAUGUCUGAUUCAACAACUAAUGAAGCAUCAAAAUCUUUACCGCAGCCGUCUCCAGAAGAAAUUAUGGAUAUCUUCGAGAAAUCAUGGAAAACAGCACUAGUAGAAGUUGCUUCCCGCCGGGUUAAAAUUGGUAAAGUGACGCAAGCUUCCAACGCUAAAGCGGUCGUUGGCGUUCACGGACUUAAGAAUACCAACGAAAUGAAUGUGGAAAUAGAAGAUGUUUCUAUAGGACCGGGAAGUUGGUCACUUGUAGGGGUUUCGGAUGGUGUUGAUUUGAAUGUCUUCUUUAAAUAAUCUAACUGUACAGGAGGACGCUGGAAUUUUCUAUCUGCUUGAUGUCGAUGUUGCAACAGGGGAUAAGCGAGGGGAGAUAACUAGACGAGUCCGUCCCGAUGCUUGAAGUCCAGGUUAUUUUCGUGGAGAUUUUAUCAGUGAAUCUCACACGCAGGAACAGAUAAAAAGAUAAAUCAGGACUUAUAUCAAGAAAACUUCGUGAACUAGCUAUCUCUCUGGGUGAUAG